CCCCUACUUUACUUUUUCUCUCUCUGGUCUCUUCGACUCUUCUUCUUUUGCAGUUCUGUUUUCAUCUCGGCGUCUUUUUUUCUUGAUUCUUCCUCCCCAAUUCUCAUUCUGUAGUUCUCAUCUUCUUCACUUUAACAGAUCUGAGGGUUAUGACUCUCAAGAUGUAUAGUUCUAAGACUCAUCAACCUUUAGAUGCAUAAUUCAUCAGUGGACUACCGCCGGAUUUCUUCUCGCAAGCCUCUAAAUUCCGACGAUCGGAGUUCCUAUAUAUAGACCGAAACCGAUCGUUUACUCGGUAAACCGGAUUUCGGUAUUGGCCGAAGAAGUACUUGCAUUAGUCUGCAGGCGCUGGAUUGAACUACUCAGUACAGUUUAUCGAUCUAUCAAACUGUGGAAGAAAUGGCAAAAGAUAUGACUGAUUCGUUGUCCUGGGUUCGCCUCAAUGUCGGAGGAAAACUUUUCUGCACUACUAUUGGUACACUGACUCUCCGCGAGCCUGAUUCAAUGCUUGCUGCAAUGUUUAGUGGUCGUCACACUUUGAAGCAUGAAGAUGGAUAUGUUUUGAUUGACAGAGAUGGUGAUUAUUUUGGGUAUAUUCUUAAUUGGUUAAGAGAUGGCGAUGUUCCUGCUUUAGAAGCUCAUGCAUACAAACAACUUCUAAAAGAGGCAGAAUACUUCCAGCUAAGUGGUCUAAUAGAUGGAAUACAGAUCAGUGACUUUACUCGUAUUGAGGUCAUAAAAUGUAUACAAUCGUCAGUGACAAGGUUUCGAGGUGUUAAUCUUUCUGGCCUGGAUCUAUCAAAACUGGACUUGUCAUCAAUAGACUUCAGCUAUGCAUGUCUGCGAAAUGUAUCCUUCUCAUGUGCAAACCUUUAUCGGGCUAGAUUUUGGAAGGCAGAUAUUGACGGUGCCACAUUUUGUGAUUCAGAUUUGCGAGAAAGUGUAUUUACUAAAGCAAAAAUUGGUGGAGUCUCUUUUGUUGGUGCGAAUCUUGAACGCACAAAUUUCAGUUGUGCGAAUCUUGAGGGUGCCACAUUUUGUGAUUCAGAUUUGCGAGAAAGUGUAUUUACUGAAGCAAAAAUUGGUGGAGUCUCUUUUGUUGGUGCAAAUCUUGGUGCAAAUUUAAGAGACACAAAUUUCAGUCGUGCGAAUCUUGAACGCACAAAUUUCAGUCGUGCCAAUCUUUCAGGUGCAUUCCAUAAGGGUGCUUUCUCGCCGGAUUACACUCGGCGUGUCAUAUUUGACAAUGCAACUUUGGAAAAAUGUGAAUUUGUCAAGUCAAAUAUCCGGGAAGCUUCUUUAACAAGUGCACGUUUAAUCAAUUGCAGCUUUGUUGAGGCAGACUUGAGUAAUGCAAAUCUUCAAGAUGCUGAUGUUACAAACACUAACUUAGAGGGAGCCAUACUGAAACAAGCCAGUAUGAUGGGUAUCAAGUUGAGUAAUACUAAUUUGAAAGGUGCUAUCUUGUAGAUGCUUAUUUACCUGGAGUGGAUCUCCAAGGAGCUUGUUUGGAUCUUGCAAAUCUGGAUGGAGCCAAGCUUUUUUUUCCUCGUCAUUUCUAAUGAUCCAGGACUACCAGCUACCUAUGUAAACCAUUACAGGCUAUAACAUUGUCACGCCUAGAGAACAAUGACGUCCGUCUUGUUUAGACUGAAUGAAAGUGUGCUUCUCUUCAUAUUGACGUGUCAUUCAUUCUUCUAUUGUAUUUUUUCUUUUUCUGACAGUUUGAUUGGCAGCGUCGAGUUUUUUUUUUUUUUUUUCGUAUAAAAAGCAUGAUUUAGAUCUUUAUAUCCAAAUGUAUGCAUGCAACUUUUGUUGUCUUUGAACUUAAUCUACAACGUAAAUUUCCAUUUAA